GGGGGGUGAGACAGGGAGCAGGGUAUAUAAAUGGGGAGGUGCUGCUAAGGCAUUAAAGCGCCAGAGUUUGGGCAGAAUCAGAGAUACUGAAGAUGAAGCUGUUGGUCGCUCUCCUUGUUGUGUCCCUGGCAGUCCUGCUUCAGGGGACCAAGCCGACUCAAGGCCUACAUUGCUAUUCCUGUAAUCCCCUCAGCACCUGUAAGAGAAAGCACACUAUUGCCUGCACAGAGGAACAAAAUGCUUGUGUGAAGACUUACAGAAAAAUUGCUGGCUACACCGGCAUUCCUGACUUUGAGAAUGAGUACAACCCAACCAUGGAUGUUCACGUGUUGGAGCGGAGCUGUAUGGCUAUGGAUGAAUGUAUGAGAUACAAGCUGAAGAAAAAAUUAGCCACUGUGUCCUGCUGCUCCAGUGAUCUGUGCAACGCUUAAGGAGGAGCAACCUUGUCUGGUUAAAUCUGAUUGGAUGCAAGAGGAGGGGCAAAAUGGGAGAGAGCACUGACAGAAUGAUUUGUCCUCAGUCACAUGUUGCAAUAAAAGCACCAACUGAAACCAGA